UCUGUGCGUGUGUGUAGUGCGUGUUUGUGUGUGCGCGUCUGCUUCCUGCUGCUGCUCGGUCCGCACAGCGUCCGUCUCGCCAGUGUUGAACAGCUCGCCAUGGCGGAAGGACGCCGAGAACAGCCCCAUCCCCUCCUCUCCUCGCCGCCGGCCAGCAAGCGACCCUGUCUGCGCCCUGCUCCCCGGGGUCCCGGGCCAGGGCCCGGUCACGGCAGCGGCUUACCGAGCUCCAGGUAUCGCUCCCCGGAGUCUCUACUGGACUGCGCCGCGAAGGCAGUAGCGGAGAAGUGGGCCUUUGAAAGAGUAGAAGAGCGCUUUGAACGGAUCCCGGAGCCCGUACAGCGCCGCAUAGUCUACUGGUCUUUUCCCCGGAACGAGAAGGAGAUAUGCAUGUACUCUUCGUUUCAGUGCCGAGUAGCCGGAGAAGAGAGCUCUACGGCGACUCCGAGCGGAACAGGGACUACGGCUUCCGCGGCUACAGCACCGGGAGCUGGUGGAGGAUCUACCCCCGGUACGACAGCCUCCACGGGGGCAGCUGGGUCGGUGGGAACCGGAGACGGACUGCCUUUCCGCCGCGGUAUCAGACUACUUGAGACGGGCUGUGUGGAAAACGUUUUACAAGUUGGGUUUCAUCUGAGCGGGACAGUAACCGAACCGGCCACGUCAUCGGAGCCAGAGGUCACGCACAAAGUGGCCAUCAGCUUCGACAGAUGCAAAAUCACCUCGGUCACCUGUGGAUGUGGGAACAAAGACAUUUUCUACUGCGCCCAUGUGGUGGCACUAUCACUGUACAGGAUCCGCAAGCCUGAGCAGGUAAAGCUGCGGUUACCCAUCUCAGAGACAUUGUUCCAGAUGAACCGGGAUCAGCUGCAGAAGUUGGUACAGUAUUUGAUAACAGCCCACCACACGGAGGUUCUGCCCACGGCACAGAAACUGGCAGAUGAGAUCCUCUCCUCCAACUCUGAGAUCAACCAGGUCCACGGUGCCCCAGACCCAACGGCAGGCGCCAGCAUUGAUGACGACAACUGCUGGCACCUGGACGAAGACCAAGUCCGAGAGCAGGUCAAGCAGUUUCUGUCGCAAGGAGGAUACUAUGGCUCAGGCAAACAGCUCAACUCCAUGUUCGCUAAGGUGCGGGAAAUGCUGCGGAUGCGAGACUCAAACGGAGCUCGGAUGCUCACCCUUAUAACAGAGCAGUUUAUGGCGGACCCACGCCUGUCACUAUGGAGACAGCAGGGCACAGGGAUGACAGACAAGUGCCGACAACUUUGGGACGAACUAGGUGCAUUGUGGGUAUGUGUAGUUUUAAAUCCUCAUUGCAAAAGUGAAGAAAAGACUGGAUGGCUGAAGCAGCUCAAGAAGUGGGGAGACAUGGACGUCUGCCCAUUGGAGGAUGGUAACUACGGCAGCGAGCUCCCGAAUAUCACCAACGCACUACCGCAAAGCAACCUCGCACAAGACUCUCUGUCCCGGCCGAGGAGGACAGUGUUCAGCCGAGCUGUGGAGGCGUGUGACCUCCACUGGCAGGACAGCCAUCUGCAGAGGAUCAUCAGCAGUGACUUCUACAUGUCGCCAUCCUACCAGCGGGAGGGCGAGAGCCUGCUGUUCAGCCCCCAGGGACUGCCUCUCUGGCUAGACCACGUCCCAACGGCUUGUGCCCGAGUCGACGCCCUCCGCUCCCACGGUUACUCCAGGGAAGCUCUGCGAUUGGCUGUGGCCAUCAUCAACACCCUGCGCCUCCAGCAGAUGAGGCAAAUGGAUAUCUACAAACACCAAAAGAAAGAGCUUCUACAAAGGGGUGUCACCUCCACCACAAACCUGGAAGGCUGGGUGGGCCAUCCACUGGACCCCAUUGGCUGUUUGUUCACCACACUCACAGAAACCUGUAGAGUAGAUGACGACAACAACAUGGACACUGAUGGUGACCCCAAACCUCCAGUCUACAACCAUGUCCCCGUUUGGGGCAGUCCUGAUUCCGGGGAGUCUUAUUUGACCCUUGCCUUAGAAGUGGCUCUGAUGGGAAUGGGCCAGCAGAGGAUAAUGCCAGAAGGCCUUUAUGCACAGGAUAAGGUUUGUCGAAAUGAGGAGCAGAUCGUGGCAAAGCUUCAGGAACUGGAGCUUGAUGAUCUUCUAGUUCAUACACUAAGGAAACAGGCUGUCCAGCUACUAGAAGCUGGUCCAUUCAGUGGCCUUGGUGAAGUCAUCCACAGGGAGAGUAUUCCCAUGCACACAUUCGCAAAGUACCUCUUCUCUGCACUGCUGCCCCAUGACGCAGAGCUGGCAUAUAAAGUGGCUCUACGCGCAAUGAGGCUUCCUGUACUUGAGUCAUCCGCUGCCUCCGAUGUUGGUCAUUCCCAUCAUGGCAUCUCCAUUGUCCCGAGCAGGUAUCCACGCUGGUUCACUCUGGGACACCUGGAAUCACAGCAGUGCGAGCUGGCCUCCACUAUGUUAACUGCAGCAAAAGGUGACAUGCUGAGGUUACGGACUGUGCUUGAAGCCAUUCAGAAGAACAUCCACUCCUCCUCGUUAAUCUUCAAACUGGCUCAGGAUGCAUUUAAGAUCGCCACGCCAGCGGACAACCCACCCGACAUCACGCUGCUGAACGUAGCUCUGGAGCUUGGACUGCAGGUGAUGAGGAUGACUCUGUCCACUCUGAACUGGAGGAGGAGGGAGAUGGUGCGUUGGCUGGUCACCUGUGCCACCGAAGUUGGUUUGCGGGCUUUGGUGAGCAUCCUGCAGAGCUGGUACACUCUCUUCACCCCAACGGAAGCCACCAGCAUUGUAGCAGCCACAGUCAUGUCCCACAACACCAUCCUGCGCCUGAGCCUGGACUACCCCCAGAGGGAGGAGCUGGCCAGCUGUGCACGAACCCUGGCCUUACAGUGUGCCAUGAAGGACCCUCAGAACUGUGCACUGUCUGCUCUGACACUCUGUGAGAAGGACCACAUCGCCUUUGAGACGGCCUACCAGAUUGUGAUCGACGCUGCAUCGACAGGAAUGACAUACUCCCAGUUGUUCACUAUCGCCCGCUACAUGGAGCACAGAGGGUACCCCCUGAGGUCUUUUAAACUGGCCUCCCUUGCCAUGACCCACCUGAACCUGGCCUACAACCAGGACACACACCCGGCUAUCAAUGACGUGCUGUGGGCCUGCGCUCUCAGCCACUCUCUGGGUAAGAAUGAGCUAGCAGCCAUUAUUCCCCUGGUGGUCAAAAGUGUGCACUGCGCAACAGUGCUGUCUGACAUCCUGCGAAGGUGCACUAUGACUGCACCUGGACUCGCCGGCAUUCCCGGGAGAAGGAACUCUGGGAAGCUGAUGUCGACAGACAAGGCCCCACUGCGCCAGCUGCUGGACGCAACAAUCUCGGCCUACAUCAACACCACGCACUCCCGCCUCACUCACAUCAGCCCGCGCCACUACGGAGAGUUCAUUGAGUUUCUGAGCAAAGCACGGGAGACUUUUCUGCUGGCACAGGACGGACAUAUUCAGUUUGCCCAGUUCAUAGAUAACCUCAAACAGAUCUACAAGGGCAAAAAGAAACUGAUGAUGCUGGUCAGAGAACGCUUUGGCUGACCCAGCCACCCUGAACAGGGACAUUUGUGAGAAAGUAAAAUUUAUUUGUUUUGAUAUUUAAGGUUUUUAAAUUUCUGUAUUUUUGUUACUUUUCAUUUUGAGCCAUUGGUUGACUAUGUUUUGUUAUGUUUCUUGAAUGUGAACCAGGAUGUGUUCGCAGUAUGUUGCUCUACUUCAGUGAGACUGCAAAAGGGGAAGUUGGUUAAAAAGGACACAUAAUUUCCCUUGAGUUUUGUCAUGUUGAAAUAUCAGCAAAAGGCAGGAGAUUGUGAUGACAAAUGGCACAUGUUUUUUUGAAAACCAAAAGAUUUUGUUGGUGGAGUAGCUUCUUUGAGCCAGAAAAUGCUUUGUACUGGGUUUUAAAAUGUGGCAUUCCAAAUACAGCCCAGUGAGGUGAACAUGAGUUACUGUCAUACCUCGACUGUAUUAUUUGUCAGCUUUAACUUCUGUCAGAAAAUGGCCUCUUGUUUUCUUCAGGGCAUUUCACAGUAGACCAGACAGGAUACACCACUCAAAACAUGCUGCUGUUGCCUAUAGCUCAUACCAUACGUACCUGCUGGCUAGUGCUUCACCUCCAGCAUCUGACAGUGAGCAGUCCCUCCUACAGGCUCCGUGUGCACAUAGAAAUACUCAUGUACUGUGACUGGGAUAGCUACAUCCCACUUUAACAGACACCUUCGCACUGCUGUACUGCUGUUUGUGGCCAAAUCUUUGAACACCUCCACUUCAAACACAGUAUAUUGUUAACCUUACCCAACUCGGUCUGUUUCAUGCAACCACUUAUCCAAACUUUUUGUGCUUAUUUUGUUGACGCUUUUCCAUUACCAGAAUCUUUUAGUAGUUAUGGAGCUACUGGUCCUGUCCUCUUACAUUCUAGAGGUAAAAUUCCCAUAAAUUUCAAUAAAAUGGAAGUAAUAUUAGCUGUUUAAAAACUUGCUGGGGGCAAAUCAGCUCUGUGGUAACUACUGAUAACAAGACACCUUCUUUUCAUGUUUUUGAUUUAUAUGAUACUUCUGAAACUUUUUUUUAGAUUGAUUUGAGUUUUACUGAAUUUUUUUGGACUAAAGAUGAUUGUCUUGAAUAUUAGUUACCACACAGCUGGUUAGCCUCUGUUAUGCUUUUAAACCCUUAAUAUUAAACAUUUUCCAAAUGUCUAUGGGGGAAAUGAAUGGGAAAUUUACUUAGGCUGUACUGUUGAGCUCCAUUCAGUUGUGACUUGUAAUGCUAAGAUCUGAUAUAGAAUAGUUACCACCAAUACAACCACCACUGUCUGCUUAUACUUAUACAAAUAAUCAAAAACUAAAAGCCAUAAAAUGUAUGUAAAUAGGCAGACAGUAACAGCAUACUUUACUAUUUGCUGGUAAUUUAAAAUGGAAAUGUCCUUUUGCCACUUAACCUGGGAAUGCUUGUGAAUCUAGUUACGCCUCCGCACAUAAAAGUUGCUGAUUCUUGCCACAAAGCAGUUGAAAUCUGUCGGACUAAACAUUGUAUAAGCACUUCACACAAUUACCUCUUCAGUAUGCUCCGGCCCGCUUACCGUUUAUUUAUUGAUUGCUUGGUGACUUUGUAUGACUGAUUCGGUGGCUAAAGAAACAACAUAUUCUCACAUGGGAAAAGCAAAAGGCUGAGAUUUUGAAUAGAGAUGAAUCAUGUGCAUUUUACAUUCCCAAAUGUUAUCUUAAAACCUGGGUAUAUAGUCAGUCACAACUCCAGGCCUUUUUUGAAUUGAAAGUAACUGAGCAAAAGAAAGGAACAAGAGGCUACAAACUCAGUUCUCAGGGACAUCACUUAAAGAAACGAAACAAAAAGUAGUAGCAUUUAAGAUAUUGUAAAUAUGAAAGUGUCAAUUCAGAAAAUUGUAAAGUUAUAAUUAUUUAUGAUAAGUAUGUUAUGUGUUUUUCUUAAUUUUAAUGUUUUGUUGUUUUUGAGUGGGGAUGUUUCGAAUGGGGGGAGUUUGACAGCAUUUUUUUUAAAUAGCAAAGACUUCAAGGCAUUACUCAGGUGCUCCAGUGUACAUUUCUUUGGCUAAGGUAAUUUCUGUUUUGUAGUUAAACAAAGAAAAAAAGUGAAGCAUGGAAAUUGAAGAAGGCAUUCAAUGUAAAAAUUAAACGACUAUGCAGAAACCACUCGAACGGUAUUGCCACCUCUUCAAAAUGGCUGCCUGCAAAACUGUGCAGUAUGGCAAAUAGAGUGGACCACACCACUACUAAAUAAUGAAUAAAGAAUGACGUUGGGUGGUCAAAGGCAAGAACCAGCAUGCUAGCAUCGAGGCUCAAAAUGGUGGAAAAUGCCUUUCUGACAGAUCAAUGUACAAAGUUUAUAUUUGCUCAUUUUAUUUAUCAAAAAGCCUUUAGUGUCUUCUUACAUUGGGACAGAACAAUAAAAGGAAAUUCCAGUUGUUAUGGAAACGUGGAACGGCCCAUAUUUUAGUUCAAUUUUAUUAUUAAUACAUUUGUGUUAGUCAGGAACAGUCUGGCUUUUAAUAUCUCCUCUAUUAUAUGUUCUUCACGUCCUUACAAGUCUACAGUCUGUUUUGCUUUGUAGCUUAGUUUACCAGUCUAAAACUUGGGCCUGGUGAUGGUUUACUUAGAGAAAUAGUUUUAUAUAAAAAGGGGAACAUACUUGCUGCCUUUCUGUGAUGCUUCUUCUUAGACUGACGGCAUUGCAACAAAAAAGCUCCCCUCUCCUCUUCACCUUUCUUCUAUUUGAUUUCUCUGGACAUGUGUAGGAUAUAUUUCCUGGUAGAAAUUGUUCACUAGUUCACCCGCUGUUUUCCCUGUUUUGUUUUGUUGUUUUGCUUCUUUCUGACUUAAGGGAAAAAUGAAAAGUGUUUGUUGCCUCUUUGUGCUACUGAUUAUGAAAAAAGGUAUUUCCAGUAUUUGUUGCCACAGAAGUAUGAUAGCGUAUCAUCAACACUUGUUCUGUUUUUUUUUUUUUUUUUUUUGUUAUUUUUUGUGCAACUUCUUGAGCUACUGUCUAUAAAGCAAGAAUUUAUUACUAUUUAUGUAACGCUACUACCAUUUUAUAUUGAUUUGUGUUGGAAUCUCAGUGCUUUUCUAUGAAUAAAGUGUGAAACACGUUA